AUGUUUCUAAAUAUUAUUUAUGGACUGAUUUGCAUUAUCUAUUGUGCUACAUCUACUGAAGUACCUGGCAUCGGAUAUUGCCCACGAGUUAAUAUCAUUCAGAAUUUUGAUGUGCCAAGGUUCAUGGGCAGAUGGUACGAAAUAUUAGCUUAUCCAAACAAGCUUACGUUAGGAGGAAGUUGCGUGUAUUCAGUUUUUUCUUUUGGACAAAACAAUGGAAUUUCAAUUUAUAGCAAGCAAAAUAUGCUCGGAAAAGAAAAACAACUUUUAGGAUCAGGUGCCAUUGUAAGCGACGGCGUUUUGGGAAUAACUUAUCCAGCAUAUCCUAAAGCUAAUGCAUAUUACAAUAUCAUAGAUACAGAUUAUGAAAAUUAUGCAGUCGUGUUUAGUUGCAACAAUUAUUGUGGGUAA